AUGAAAUUUUUAUUUUCUGUAAUUUUGGUAAUAAUUUCCUUUUUAGGAAUUUCAAAAAUUGUAAAUGGUCAAAUUGCAUGUCCAAGUCCAUUUUUAUAUAGAGCUACCAAUGAUACAGUUGGAGAUUAUGAUUUAGGUUAUCAAUAUAUUAAUAUUGGUAAGCCACUUCCACCUCAACUUUCAUUCCUUAAUAACUGUUUAAUGCCAUGCCAAUCAUCAUUUUUUGAACAAGAUAGUUGGAAUUCAUUCAAUAAAUUAGUGAAACAAAUGGGUGCCGUUGCAUUUACAUGUAGUGCCAUUAUAAUGAUUAUCUAUGGUCCAUUGAUGAAUAGAAGUUUCUUUAAAUUUGAUAGACAUACUAUUACAGUUUUCUGCUUUGCCUUAUCAACUUUCUUUAUUGGUGUUUCCGAUCUUAUGUUUGCAACGAAUGAUGUUGACAUGGUUUGCCCAGAAAGUCAUCGUUAUGCCAGACAAACUGAUAAAACAUGUGCUACCAAUGGUGUUUUAUUCCAAUUUGGUUGGUUAGGUUCUGUUAUGUGGUUUGCUUUCCUUUCCAUUGAUGGUUUCUUUAGAGCUUCAGGCAAAAAAAUGAAUAAAAUUGCAUUUGCAAUUGUUUUGGCUUCAAUUUGGAUCUUAAACAUCGUCCUUUCAUUUGCUCCAAUGGGUGGUGACCAAUAUGGUGCUUAUUUCGUAGGUCAAGUUAAUUGUUGGAUUUUAGUUAAAAAUUGGCAAUAUGCUUUCUUUUGGGCUGAAUUAAUUGUUUCAUUAGCAAUUGGUUUCGUUGGUAUUUGUUUAACAAUUUAUAGUUUAAUUAGAAAAACUAGUGAUGGAAAUACAUUAAAACAUGUUACACCAUUAAUUUUAGUAUUCUUAUUAUUCUGUCAAUAUCUUUAUAUGAUUAUCUUUUAUGGUAUCAUUAAUGAAAAGAAAGAUCAUUAUCAAAAUAUUCUUGCAGAACAAGUUGGAUGUAUUUUUAAUAAUGCACUUGCAAAAAUGAAAGUACCGGGAAUUGUUUACGCAGGUGAAUGUACUUUUAAUGAAACUAUAACUUUCUCUUCUCAAUAUGCCUUUUUAUUCUUUGUUAGAUUACUCGGAAUUGAAAUUUUCGCAUUUUAUUUAUUCUCAAAAGAAACAUUAUUACUCAUUAAAUCAUCAUACAUUGCAACUAUGUUUGGAUUAGGUGAUAAAGAUGCAUAUGAUGUUGAAUUAGAAGAAACUGAUUAA